AUGCCUCUCGACAAUGUCACCAGCGGCGUAACCAGCCAACUCCCCGUCAACAAAAUCGACUCCACAACAAGCGGCGUGAUCAAAAAAGGCGCACCAAAAAAGCUCAAUCGAGCGACCAAAGAAAUCACCGACCCUGUCAUCCCCGGCGAAUUCCCCUCAGACGAUGCCCCGCCCAAAGGCGAGGGUGUCGACAACAAUCUCUCGUUUUCGUCGCUAUGGGCUACCCUUACUUCAUGGUUCGCGACGCUCUUCCCUCAAGCUUUCGAUUACUUCGAGUCCUGUAUUCAGAGACUUAUUGCCUGGCUACUUCCUCCACCUCGACAGGCGGCGAUGUAUGAAGCUGCAUUGAAGCGUCCUGCCGCGUCGACUUUCAUCGUGUGCCAAAUGAUCUGCUGUGGUAUUCCUCUGUUGGUCUUUUUAGCGGGGGUGUUUGUGUUCGCGGCUGUGGCGCUCUUGCUUUGGGCUCUUCUGUCGUUGCUCAUUCUUGGUCCGGUGUUGUUGGUGGCGAGUAUGAUGGGUAUGUCGCUGUGGGGAUGGGGAUGGGUGUUCUAUGGGUUGGUUAAAUGGAUUGAUCAGCGGUUCUUGGGUGGUAUUAUUACACGCUACUGGCUUCCUCAGACGCAGUCGGAGGAUGAUGGAGAGGGUCCGUCUGGGGAAGAGAAGAAGGAGGAAUAA